AUGCUCCGUUCAAUUACCAGUCAUCUGCUUCAUCCAUCUUGUGUCAGUCUGCUUUCGAAUUCAGGCUUCAACUUUGAUGCCCAUGGCCCACCCAACAUAUCUUCAAAUCCUCAACUCUCGAUACCAAAUACCUCGCAGUUUCAUUCUUCCCAAGUUCCUAACGCCUAUCAUGAACCUCAGCGUAUCCCAUCCUUAAUUUCCGGCCCAUCAGCACAUCAGAUUCCUUCCUGUUCUUUUACUUCAACAGCCGCCUGCUGCGUCCCAUCCUUUUCUGCCACCUCCUCAAGCUUUUCUUCCUCCAAUUGCUCGUCAUUCGGCUGUAUUCCACAAAAGGCAGUAUCUCCGGGUGGAAUAAUCCUCGGCUCAAAUGGGCAAAUUACUGGUACAUCCAUCUCGCAGAAAACGACAUGCAUUUCGCCUUCAGGAGUUCGAAUUAGUGAGGAUCUCUCCCGACCAACCUCUGUCAUCCCAAUAGUCCCUGCACCUACAAAUGCAAAUAUCUUCAACUUCGUCCUUGACGAGGAGGAAGUCUGGACUGAUUUGCGAAUGGGUGAUGAUCAUCGAGCGAUCAGGGUAGGUAGCGCUGCAGAAUUUCACGACAAGAGAGAAGUGGUUGGACCUGAGGGUAAAGAUAAAGACGAGGGCGAAGAGUACAAAGACAAAUACGAGGCAGUGCUUGGAAAGGAAUCCUGUCUACAUCAAGUGAGUUAUAGAGAAUCCACUCUGAUUUAUUAA